AUGGGUGGAGUUGUUGUGAUACUUGGGUCCACUAAGGACCAGAGUGGGGGCGACAACAGUGAUGGUAAUGGUGGUGGUGGUGGAUGCGGUGGAGGUGAUGGUGGUGCUAAUAGUGGGAUGUGUUGGUUGGGGUGGAAAGGUAACAAUGGUGGUAGGGCAGUGGCGGUUGCGGUUAUGGUGGUGUCGGCGGUGGCGGCAAUGAUAGUGGUAAUGUUAGUUGUGGUUGUGGUGGUAAUGGUGGCUGUUGCGGUAAUGGUGGUGACAAUGAUGGUAGUGAUGACAAUAGUGGAGAUUGUGGUUAUGAUGGUGGUAGUGAUAAAUGUCAGUAUUUGUAGUGGUAAGUGGUAA